AAAUAGCAAAAUAGGAUGAACCUAGCCCCAAUCCUAACACUUCUCUCUCAACUAUCGAACUCUCAAACUCUUACACUCGGCUCUCAACUCUCUGCUCUCUACACUGUUGCCCCUCCCCUCUCCCCCACACCUUUGGCUUCUCCACCUCUCCCUCUGGUAUAGCCUUGAGCCUCCCGUCGAUCGUCCUUGUGCUCUUCACGCUUUCAACGUCGUUGCUGCGUCCGUUGCUCCUGGUUGAUUCUUCGCUCUUCUCCGGCGCUUCCUCUGGUCCUCGUCGCUGCUUCCUCUUGUCCAGUCCUUCUGUCGUCCGGUGCUGCUCCUCGCCGCUGCUCCUCGUCCUCAAUCACGUCGCCGCUGCUACUCGAUCACUGCAGGUUUGUAUGGGUUUUGAGAUUGUGGUUUCAGUCCCGUACCUUGCUGCUGCUAGUGGUCAUUGUUCACCGCUUUGAAGCCUUGUUUGCCGCUGCUUAGAUUCAACUGUAGAAACUAUUGACUUGAGGAAGUUUUGUGUUUUACCAAUUUGAAUUCACAAAAAUGGCCACUGCCACCACUCGCUCCACUGUCUAUGCAGGGCGCCGCUUUUUCUCUUCUAUUGCCAGCAGCCAUAACAAUAGCCAUAAAGACACCCAUAAAUUCUUGGAGCCUAACUCCUUCGUUGGUAGCUGGAAAGUGCCAAAGAACCCAAAAGAGGCAGAGGCACAACUAGCACGACUGAGGAGGGAGUAUGGGAAACAAGUGAAAGAGGUGCGCAAGGACUACAUAAGGGAAAUGGAGUUGAUGCGCCUCGAGAAGCAGAGGCAGGAUGAAGCUAGAAAAGAGGCCACUAGGGUUGCAAAUGAAAAGCGCAGGAAGUUAAAAGCAGAAGCUGCUAAAGCUAGAGCUGAGGAGCGCAAGAUUGCUGAAGAGGAAUUUCGUCAAAUGCUGUUGAAAGAAAGAAGUGCAAAGCUUGAAUUUUGGAGGAUGAAAGAACAACACAAGGAAGAGUACAAGAAAGAGAAGAAAGAACAAUUGCGACGUCAAAGUUCCAUAUGGAUUGAUGAAAUUAACAUAGAGAAGAGGACAAUAGAAGCCAUGGUUGAUAUAUCAUUGUUGUGAGUUCCUUUCAUUUUCAGUUUGAAUCUUUUCUUGACAAAUGAAAAUUCAAACUCACAACUGGAUUUAGAAAUAAGUAGGGCUUGAUACAUCCUUAAGUUCUUUGGAUUUUAUGAAUUGUUCUUAUAUCAAGCGUUUGUAUUUUUUUAUAGUAGUUUUGUGUUUUUGAUUUGUUCUCGUA